AUGCCUGGCACGAAGAGCACGCGGAAGCGGUUCAGGUUGGCCGAGGGCCCGGCGCCGUUGCAGAGCAAGUCGGUGAACGCGGGCGACGCGGUGGGCCCGCUGAUCAAGAAGAGGCGUCGCGCGACGACGCCGCCCCACAACGUCUUCGAAAACGAACACGUCGGCAUCCGGUUGGUGGACGCGGAACCUUGGCAGUCGCGUGAGCGGUCGCCUCGACGGCUAAGGUUCACCACCGCCGUGGUGUUGCCGCUUCACGACAACUUGCUGGACGCGGACCGAUCCAUCCAGCUGGACGACUUUGACGAGCCUCCGAACUCCACGUCGACGCCCAGGCCUAGUCCUCGUCCUGGCAGCGGCGCGGGCAACGACAGCUCCCGCGACUUUGUGGAUUGGCACCAUUUGGGCCAUUCCCACGGUAUCCUGGUGGCCUCGCCGGCCUCACAGACGCAACAGAUGGCCCUUAAUAACAAGUGCGCUGGGUCUCCCGCGGAUAUGCCCAACGCUUGA